CCAAAGGACACAAUCAGCUAUUGGAUGCAGACACGAUUUGUGGAUUGUCCCCGAUACAGGAUUCGAUCUGACCAAUUCUAGGGAUUCGUCAUUUCGUGACGUUGAAUUAGCAUGUGUGUGUAGCGGACAAUCAGAUGAUGUCAAUUGUGCAUAAUAACAUUAGGCAUUACCGUCCUACCAUAAAUGACGACUUCCAAACGCCCUAUCACUAGUAUCAUCAUUGGCGGCAACUGCUACGCAACGGAAACCGUUCCAUGCUAUCUCAUAAACAGUAGAGAGUGCUUUUCCUCCUAUAACAACUAUUUUGUGUGAACGUAACGAUGGUUGUAAAUUUCGCUGGAAAGUACAAACUCAGCAAUAGCGAGAAUUUUGAACAAUAUAUGAAAGCAAUGGGCGUCGGAGCUGCAUUACGGAAGACAGCCGCUCUCAUGUCGCCAACCUGCGAAAUCGACCAAAAUGGUGACGAUUUCGUCAUUAAAAUGAACGUUCCUAUAAUUACAACACAUGUCCAGAAGUUUCGAAUUGGAGAACCAUUCGAGGAUAUUUCUCCGACUAGGGACAAAGUUAUGGUCACCGUGCACUGGGAAGGAGACAAGCUUGUUUUUAAUGAUGUUGAAAAGUCGGAUCCGCCACACUACGUAACGCGCGAGAUAUCUGGUGACGAAAUGUACGUGAAAUGUGUUAAGGGAGACGUUGUUUGUACGCGCACGUUUAAACGAAUUUGAAGCAAGUAAGGACGAAGGUUUGCAGACGAUCAAUUAUAUUGAUUCUGAUGUUUCGUCGACACUUGUAUUGUGUGAUCCUGCGUGGAUUUGGUUUUAGCCAAUAUUUGCUAUAGAAAAGUGAAAUCAUUUAAGCGCUUUAAGAAGUUCGUAUCAUACAGCACAUUUGGUUUUGAAUGACGUAAUCAAACUUAAUAUAGACACGUGUCGCAAUCUAUCUUAUCUUAACAAAUAUUGAAUUAAGAUCAUGAUAUUCGUAAAUUCGAUGUGUAUAGACUGUUUACGUUGAGCCAAUAUUAUCCGCUUUCCCCACGUGGAUAUCUUGCCAUAUAAACUGCAGCGUUUUGCAUGGUACGUAGUUUGAAAUGUCAGUUUACACUAGGCGUAGCUUAAACAUGAGGAUUAUUGCGGCGGUGAUGGACUUAAACAGGCGAGCAGAAAAACCGGAGACACUUAGACAAAUUAACUGUUAGAAUUUGUGUAUAGUAUUGUGCAUUAGGAGGCGUGAAAUAACGACAGUUGUUAGCAUUCCAAUUCAAGUUCUAAUAUUCUACGAGGACGGAUGUUUACCCAAUAUAAACACUAUUUAAUGAGGUUGAACGUUGAUGAAACAGUAGGGAAAAAAACCUGUCUAGACCAUUAGUUACCAUAAGGCACAAACCAAAGAUAAUGACCCGUGACAGAAGUAUUAGCGAGCGAGUUGGAAUGACUCUUUGCUUCGUGUAUCAAAUUGAUAGCUUUUAAAACAUUUUCCUAGCAACAUUUUGCUCAGCUAAGACUUUUAGUACAACGUUUCUAAACGAUCUAAGUUUAAGGUUUCUGUACUAGUACCGGGCUAAUGUACCUGGUGUUGCAGUAGGUAGCAAUUUAUAGUUGGUUCUUUUGAAUUAAAUAUUACGGUACUAAA